AUGAUGUACUUUCUGGCUCAUGAUGUGCGGUGGGACUUAUUAAAGAAACAAUGGCAUGCUGCCGCACGUCAAAGGCGUGCUGCUAUACGGGCAAAACGUGUUCAGUACAAUGAAGAUCAUGAGCAGUCCCUGUGCAAUACUCGGUUAAAUAGGAGCGGGAAGCAGAAGAAAUUUCACCAAAAUGGGGAUAGGCCAUUAGAUGAAGGGCAAGCAUGUGAUGUGCAGUGGGAAUUACUGAAGAAACAAUGGCAUGCUGAUGCACGUCAAAGGCGUGCUGCUAUACGGGCAAAACGUGUUCAGUACAAUGAAGAGCUUGAGCCAUCUAUGCCCAAACCACUGUUAGAUAGGAUGGGGGAGCAGAAGAAAUGUCACCAAAAUGGGGAUAGGCAAUCGGGUGAAGGGCAAGUAAGUAAGGGAAAGGACCAUGACGGGGGCUUUGAUCAUCUUUUGAUACUUGCACAGUCAGCUGAAUUACUGUCAGAAUCUGAAGUUUGCUUCCAUGAGGAACACAGAAAUGACGAAAAUAGUGAAGGAUUAUGUACUGAUCCAAAUGCUCAAAAGUCAGAAGAAAAUCUUAGCAAUGCAACUUCUACUGAUCAGAAAUAUAUAGGGACACAAAAUGAUGGACUUCUUGCAAGUGCUAAUGUAGGAGCUGAACAGGAUGGAAUCUGUUGCCAGGCCAAAAUACCUCGCUUAAGUCAAAUUCGGCGACAAGCUCGAUCUAAAACUCAUUUCUUGGUGCAAGAUAAUAAUGGGGAGUACACUGAUGAUCAUUUACAAGGAAGAACACCUCGCUUAAGCCAAAUCCGGCGUCUAGCUCGUUCUAGACAUUUACAAAAACCAGAUGAGCAGAAUCUAGGAAGAGUUACUGCUGUACAAGGUCAAACAGUUGCAAAGUGCAAUCUCCCAAAGGAAAAUGGUGUGGAUGAACGCCAUAUAAAUAUGAGAAUCAAUCAACCUGCUUCUGAUAGAAGACGGUGUCAGAAAAUGCAAAACACUAGUAAACAGUCAUAUAUAAUUGGACAUCAAAAAGAAAUAAAUAACAGAACACUAGCGUGUAGAAGUCACAGGUUUGUGGGAGUUAGUAGUGACCUUGGACAACUUAAGGAACAACAACGUCUUGCACGGCAUCUUAGAGCAUUAAAAAUUAGCAAACGAAGGGGACAACUGAGGACAGAACAUAUAGAUUCUUCAGUGCGGGAAAAAAUGCAUGCCUUGGAGAAAACCCAGGUUGGACUGACUGGUCUAGUAGAUCCACAUUGCCUGUCAUGCAUGUCAAUGAUGUCAAGGGAGCAAAAUCUAGUUGCAUGCCAGCAAGAGCUGCUAGGAACAUUUGCAUGGAAUAAUGAAAUGACAGAAACCUACCUCGGUGCAACAAAAAUGCAGGGACAACAUAUGGUCAACCAACCAUGGGGCCAGAUGCACAAUGGGGGAACAAGUUUACUCUUUCCCAUUUUAGCAAUGCCAUUGAGGGAAUAUUGCUGUAUGCCUGAAUAUCAACAAAGAUCACAACAAAUUGAUGAAAAAAUGGCAUUAAAGAAUAUGCAUAAAGACUUCAAUAAUUGUGUACUAAAUGAUAAAGCCUGUCCUGCAGAGCUGGAUGGUAGACCAAUGAAAAUGGUUCAUAAAUCUCAGCUAGCUGCUAAUUCUUUGAGCCACGAAGGUUAUACUUGUUGACGGAUGGACACUUUUCUCUAUAGUGUUAGUAAAAGAUAUGUUUGUCAUUUA